GUGGAUUAUCUAUUGUGUGUGGACGCGCGCUGACUUAAAACAAAAAUUAAAUCGCUCUAUUUUUGGUCUGUUCGGGGCCUAAGGCCCCAAACAGACUGAAAAAAUAAAACAAAUUAAGCAACAUGAUUGGUCUAUUUCGACUUAAAUCGUCUUGUUGAGACGAUUUAUUCGUUAAUUCAGUUUUAAUUCACUUUGAAUUAGUCGGUCUGUUCGGGGCCUAAGAAAAUCAAAACGACGAGACGAAUUUUCUUCUUUCUUAACCAAUUCGAUCGAUUUCUGUAUUGAUUGGAAAUCGAUAUCGAAAAAAAUUCGUCAUCGUGAGAAAACAAUUGUUAACGAUGAUGAUGAAAUCCAUUAAUCAUCGAGUGUGAAACGAAUUCGUUUUAAUGAGAAAAAAAGAAUUAAUUGAAAAAUUUAAUAAUUACAAUGAAAUGCAAAGAUAUGCAAAAGAGAAAAUCAAAAAAAGUGUUGGUUGAUCUGAAUUAGAUUCAUCUUUAUAGUAAUCUAUCUUCAUCAAGUGAUUAUUAUGAAUGUUCUGAUAUAUAUCGUGAUAUUUUAAUACAUCUUGUAACAUCAAGUGAAAUUUUUAAUUACAGCAUCAUAAGAUGGACAUUUGAAAUUUUCGAAAAUUAUUACAUCUGAUUAUUUCAAACAAUAACAACAACAAACAGCAUCUAAUGCAUUCUAUCAAUGAAAUCAAGUAAUAAGAAAGAUGAAAAUUCUCAAGAGGAAAAAGCUGAUUGCAAUAAAAAUAAUCAUUGGCAAUUAAAAGUUGAGCUUUUCUCCCUUAUCUCUACUCAAUUUUUCGUGCUGAAUCAAGUUAAAAUAUUUCCAAAUUGUUCAGUAAAUAAGAAUAAGAGAAUCUUAAGAAGUUUUGCAAAAAAAAAAGUAAUUUUUGAUCAUGUGUUUGCUCUUAUCCAUAAUUUUGAUCUUUUUAAAAGUUUUUUUUAGCUAGCUAGUUCUUCCAUUGAAAUAAAAAUUAUAUAUUUGUAAUCAAUAUAUGAAGCUAUACCAAACCAUGUAUAAAUAAAUGAAAAAAAAACAGUAUUAGUACCUUAUUCCACAUAUAAACGGUGCAUCGACAAGGACUGUUGCCUUGUUUAGGGUCGAAGACGUUUAUAAUUGUUCGAAAUAAUUGAAAUCCAAUAUUUCACAUCACAAAAUACGAAAGCAAUCAACGGUAACCGUUAGCAAUCAAAGCAAUCCUGGCAAUCAAAGAAUUAGCUUGUUUCCCUCUUAGAAAUUCUUCAACAGUUCCAGAACCAAUUGAAUUUGUCAAACAUUUUUGUGCUCAUUUAUGUUCGAUAAUUUUUCUCGAAUAAAACAAUAAUUUCUUUAUAGAUCCAAUUGUUCGUUUAUGUGUCAAUUAUUUGGAAACAUUAUUAUGUUUAUUAUGUGGAUAUCAAACAUAAAAAAUCUUUGAUGUUCUAGUACUUGAUAUGAUAACAAUGGUCAAAUUAGAUUGUAUUCCAUUAUGUUCAUCAUCUGUUUAUUCAUCACAUCAAUCUUUAGCAACAUUAGUGAUAUCAGAUAGUCAAUCAUCAUCCGAUUUAUUUCUAUGAUAGUAAAACAUUAAAUAUUCGUCAAUCAAUUUUAAUUUUAACUAAACUUGAUUAUCCAUUAUCAAUUUUAAUAAUUUUCUAUUAUUUUCAAUAUGAUUUAGAAGUAUUUUGUGUUCAAUCAUCAUUAAUUAAUUAUUGUUCUCCAUCAAAUCCCGACCAUUUAUCAAAUGAAAUUGAAUUUCAAUCCAAAUUAGAUACAAAUCUAUUUCAAUUAAUUCAAAAAAAAAACAAAUUAAUUCCUUUAACAUUAGAAUUUUCUCUAUCAGAAAAAUAA